AUGGAUAUGGGUGCCAACUCGCUGCCGUCGCCGUCGUGCCCCGACGGCAGGAAGCGGCGCGUGUGCUACUACUACGACCCGGGCAUCUCCAACGUCGACUACGGCGAGGGACACUCCAUGGUGCCCCGCCGCGUCGCCAUGACCCACGGCCUCGUCGCCUCCUACGGCCUCCUCAACCACAUGACUCGCCUCCGCACCAGGCCGGCCAGCCCGGAGGAGCUCCUCGCGUUCCACGACCAGAAAUACGUCGACCUCCUCGGUAGGCUCACCCCCGCCGGGUACAUCAGCGACGCCGACCUCCGGCGGACAGCCGAGGAGCAUGGCAUCGGUCCCGUGCGCCGCUGGGACGGCACCUACACGAACGACAAUCCCGCCAUCGAAGGCCUCAUGGGGUACUGCCUGAGCUACGCCGGCGGGUCGCUGGCCGCGGCGCGCGCGCUCUGCAGGGGCGACCACGACGUCGCCAUCAACUGGUCCGGCGGCAUGCACCACGCGUGCCGGGGCCACGCCAACGGCUUCUGCUACGUCAACGACAUCGUGCUGGCCAUCAAGCAGCUCCUCGGCCGCUUCCCGCGCGUGCUGUACGUGGACAUCGACGCGCACCACGGGGACGGCGUGGAGAAGGCCUUCGUGGACUCCAACCAGGUGAUGACGCUGUCCUUCCACCAGUACGAAAGCCAGUUCUUCCCCGGCACCGGGAGCAUCGACGACGUUGGCGAGGGGGCCGGCAGGUACCACGCCCUCAACGUGCCGCUCAAGAAGGGCAUGGACGACCAGGGGUACCAUGAGCUGUUUAAGCCGAUCGUCGGCAAGGCCAUGCAGGUGUUCCAGCCGGACGCCGUGGUGCUGCAGUGCGGCGCCGACUCGCUCUCCGGCGACCGGCUCGCUGGCCUCGAGCUGUCGGUGGGCGGCCACGCGGAGUGCGUCAAGUACCUGCGGGGAUUCAACGCGCCGCUGCUCCUCCUCGGCGGCGGCGGCUACACCAUUAACCACGUCGCCUCCUGCUGGUGCUACGAGACGGCGGUCGCCGUGGGCAAGGAAGACGAGAUCGCCGACGAGAUACCACACCAUCCGUACGAUCACUACUACAGGAGCCAGGGUUACAAGCUCCAGUGCCGCACGGAGGCGCCCGGCAGCCGCAGCAGCGGGGAGAAUAAGGACGCGGCCGCCAUUAGGGUGAAAGCCCUGGAGCACCUCUCGGCGAUCAACUGCGCGCCGAGCAUACAGUUCCACGAGCCAUGCGCCGCGGCGGCCCAAGGCAUGGACGUCGACGACCUCUGCCACGACGACGACGACGACGAUGAUGAAGAAGAAGAAGACCCCAUGGAGAGGCUGCACCGGCUGUGCGACAACGCGGACCUCGCCGGGUUUUUCGUGGAAUUGGGGCGGAAGCACAGUCUAUCGUCCUCUGCCAUGGGUUGA